AUGCUCGAACGGUCAACUGCGGAAGGAGAGCUUGCUGGCGACGAGGAGCUAGUGCGAGCAGGUGAGAAGUCCGCCAUCGUAGCAGCGGAUGGUGAAGAUGCUGAAGCUCCUGUAUCAGCAGACCCUGCAGUGUGUGCCGAAGGGCCAGGUGUGGAUGAAUUACUAGCGAAAUACGAUCAACAGAUCUCAGAUCGCAGGCUCUGA